GGAGCGGCCGCUGAGUGGGAGUAGCAUGUGGACGUUCGGACGCCGCGCAGCCGCGGGCUUGCUGCCCCGGACGGCCUCCCGGGCCUCCGCCUGGGUCCGGAACCCACGCGGGAGGGAACGGAUUGGAACCUGCGGCCGCCGAGGCCUACAUGUCACAGCCAACGCCGACGCCAUCCGCCACUCUCAUUUGAACCUCCACUACCUCGGUCAGAUUCUGAACAUCAAAAAGCAGAGUGUCUGCGUGGUGCAUUUGAGGAACUCGGGGACGUUGGGCAACCCAAGCUCUCUAGACGAGACAGCUUAUGAAAGACUUGCGGAAGAGACACUGGACGCCCUGGCAGAAUUCUUUGAAGACCUUGCAGACAAGCCCUACACCCUGAAGGACUAUGAUGUCUCUUUUGGGGAUGGCGUGCUCACCAUUAAGCUGGGCGGAGAUCUAGGGACCUAUGUGAUCAACAAGCAGACCCCAAACAAGCAAAUCUGGUUAUCUUCUCCCUCCAGUGGCCCCAAGCGCUAUGACUGGACCGGGAAGAACUGGGUGUACUCCCAUGACGGCGUGUCUCUGCAUGAGCUGCUGGCCAGGGAGCUGACUGAAGCUUUAAACACCAAACUGGACUUGUCUUCAUUGGCCUAUUCUGGAAAGGGCACUUGACUGCUGUCCAGAUUCGAAAACAUUAAAAACUAUCAGGCAAAGACCCCAGCCUCCUUCUAUAGCUGAAUGUCUGGUUUCCCAUACCUGCUUCCGAAGAUAAUCACACUGUGUGCAACAACUCUGUGAAAAAAAGUGUGUUACCUCCCA